AUGGGCCAAGGCCACUCGACAGCUGAAGCAGGCACUGGUGUAUCCAGCGAAAGGAAAGAUGCAAAGAAAGAUUAUUAUGAACUUCUCGAUGUGGAACAGAAUGCGUCGCCCGAAGAAAAUUUUGGAAACGUUGAAGCGGCGACAAACCUUUUCGCGGAAAUCCAAAUCGCCUACGAGGUGCUUUCAGACCCCCACGAGCGGUCGUGGUAUGACUCGCACCGUGAUGCGUUUCUAGGUGGUGACGCUGGGGGCGAGGCGGCUGACUACUCGCAUAACGCCCGCAUGACGAGCUCUGCCGAUAUUCUGAAUUUGUUUUCCAAGUUCAGUCCUCGAAUGGACUUUACUGAUGCGCCCUGUGGAUUUUAUGGUGGCCUCCGCGAGACGUUCGCACAGCUUGCGCAGGAGGAGGAGAUGGCAUGCCGCUGGGAAGGUGUAGACAGUAUUGACUAUCCAUCGUUUGGGACCCGUCAUGACGGGUCUCAAGUUGUGCGCGAUUUUUACGCUGUAUGGGGCAGCUUCUCAACUAGAAAGUCCUUUGCAUGGAAGGACGUCUAUCGUUACUCCGAGGCUCCAGACCGCCGAGUCCGUCGUUUGAUGGAAAAAGAAAACAAACGCUUGCGAGAAGCCGCUAUUCGCGAGUUUAAUGAGGCCGUGAGAUCCCUUGUGGCUUUCGCCAAGAAGCGAGACCCGCGCUACAAGAUUUAUAAGGAUAGCCUGUCUCAAAAACGCGAAGCUCUCCGCCAAUCUGCUGCUUCUCAGGCAGCAAAAUCACGAGCAGCAAAUCAGGCUACGUUACGAGAGCAUGUUCUACAAGAUUGGGCAAGAUCCGAGGAAGGUCCUGAAGAAGAGGAGGCAGAUAGUGAAGAAGUUGAGACGGAGCAUAUUGAGUGCAUUGUGUGCCGCAAAACUUUCAAAAGUCAAAAUCAGUUUCAUGCUCACGAGCGUAGUAAGAAGCACAUCAAAGCGGUGAAGCAGCUUCGUCGAGAGAUGAGGAUGGAGGAUGACGAACUUUGUUUGGGAAAUGCGGUCGUUGAUGGCAGAGAAGCGCAAACAGCUGAAGAUGCUCCUGUUGCAGUCACCGACUUCUACGAAGAGGAAAACGAGGCCGUACAGCAUAGCGUGUCCCCGGCGGCAAGUCUUCCUGAUCAAGCCUCCCAUAACAGCAUGUAUGGCCUCCAAAACAUGAUAUCCCACGAGGAUGAAGCCGACUACGUGCCAAGCAAUGUUCUGGAGCAGAGACUCGCCCAGGAAGAUCUGCAAGCACAAAUAUCAGAAUUGUCUGAGAAGUUAUUAGCCACAGAUUUGGACAAAACUAACCUUUCGCUCAAAAAAAUGGGUAAGGCCAAGCAAAAGCGUGCUAAGAAGGCCAAAGUGGCAACCCAAAGCUCUCAAUUGCACGAGUGCACUAUCUGCAACGCUUCCUUUGCAUCCCGAAAUAAGCUCUUCUCCCAUAUAAAAUCGCAUUCACAGCGAUAA